CCUUCUAGCAUCAUCACGAUACCAUCUUCCAAGACCUAAACUUCUUCACAUACCACCUACAUCAUACACAAUGGCUCCCAUCAAGGUUGGCAUCAACGGUUUCGGCCGUAUCGGUCGCAUUGUCUUCCGCAACGCCGUCGAGCACUCCGAUGUCGAGAUCGUUGCCGUCAACGACCCCUUCAUUGAGACCAAGUACGCUGCCUACAUGCUCAAGUACGACUCCACCCACGGCGUCUUCAAGGGCGAGAUCACCGAGGACGGUUCCUCCCUGACCGUCAACGGCAAGAAGGUCAAGUUCUACCAGGAGCGUGACCCCGCUGCCAUCCCCUGGAGCGAGACCGGCGCCGACUACGUCGUCGAGUCCACCGGUGUCUUCACCACCACCGACAAGGCCGCCGCCCAUCUCAAGGGUGGCGCCAAGAAGGUCAUCAUCUCCGCCCCCUCGGCUGAUGCCCCCAUGUACGUGAUGGGUGUCAACGAGAAGACCUACGACGGCAAGGCCGACGUCAUCUCCAACGCCUCGUGCACCACCAACUGCCUGGCUCCCCUCGCCAAGGUCAUCAACGACAAGUUCACCAUCGUUGAGGGUCUCAUGACCACCGUCCACUCCUACACCGCCACCCAGAAGACCGUUGACGGUCCCUCCGCCAAGGACUGGCGUGGUGGCCGUACCGCUGCUCAGAACAUCAUCCCCUCGAGCACCGGUGCCGCCAAGGCUGUCGGCAAGGUCAUCCCUGAGCUCAACGGCAAGCUCACCGGCAUGUCCAUGCGUGUCCCCACUGCCAACGUCUCCGUUGUUGACCUGACGGUCCGCAUCGAGAAGGCCGCCAGCUACGACACCAUCAAGGCCGCCAUCAAGGAGGCCGCUGCUGGUGACCUCAAGGGCAUUCUGGCCUACACCGAGGACGACGUUGUCUCCACCGACAUGAUUGGCAACGAGAACUCCUCCAUCUUCGACGCCAAGGCCGGUAUCUCCCUCAACGACAACUUUGUCAAGCUCGUCUCCUGGUACGACAACGAGUGGGGCUACUCCCGCCGUGUCCUCGACCUCCUGGCCUACAUUGCCAAGGUCGAUGCCGGCAAAUAAAUGCAGCUAGCACCUGCAAACCGUCAUACCCUCCUGACAUGACGGCCGGGGUUUUGUGGUGUCCAGAUGUUUGAGAAGAAGGGGCCUCAACGUCGGCGCCUGUAAUGAAGAAAGAAGAAAAACAGACAUGACCUGACACGAACUUGGAACGCGAAGGACCACGGAAAGGUGGCCAACAGCCGCGUGCUAUAGUCGAAUGAACCUGCCAUAGACCAACAGGCCGAUUACUCC